AUGGACGGCUACAACUCCUCUGGGCGCAGAAUUUCCCUCCUCGUGGAGGACGACUUGCACACCAACGACUACAGAACACACUCGCAAUCGAUGAGAGGAUCCAACUCUGGCUCUGUCUACUCACAGUCCUCCAACGCUCCUGAGCUGUCGCGCUCUUGUUCAUUCGACUCGCAGAUUUCCCUUGACCCGGCGACUCCCCUCACGCCCGAGUCGGCUCACCGCGAGCAUGGCACGGCCUACGCCCCGGCAAACGUUCAGUCACCCUACUUCACCUACAAGACGGAUGAGCACCACUCGCAUGCCGACUUGACCGAGGCAAUCUACAUGAAGGAUUCUGGCGCCUAUAAACUGGCACAUCACACCGAGAGAGAGGCCACGUCGGACCGGAAGGGCAAGAGAUACCCAUGCCGUCUUUCGCAGCAGUUCAACUGCGACAAGACGUUCACCACGUCGGGCCACGCUUCGCGCCACGCCAAGAUCCACUUUGCCGUGAAGACGAUCCCGUGCUCUUUCGAGGGCUGCCAGAAGAUGUUCACGCGCACCGACAACAUGAAGCAGCACCUGGAGACACACUACAAGCGCGAAAAGUCCAACCGACCUGGUCACUCGUCCAGCUCGUCCAAGAACCGCAACGGCGACUCUCGGUCGUCUCGCCAAAGCUCCUACUCGCCGAUGUCCGAACACGUUGAGUACCCCAUGGACAUGGAAUACCAGAUGCCCAUUCGGUCGUCAUACGGCCGCUCCCAUUCUGGGUCGAGCAUCGACAGUAUGUCCCUAGCUGCACUCGCUGAUGCUGCCCGGCAAGUCGAGGACAUGUGA